GGCAGGCGGACGGAGGACGGACGGGUGGGAGGACAGACAGGCAGACAGGCAGACAGAGAGAGCUGACUUUGCGGGCAGCCCAGCUCGGCUCGAGGCAGCGCUCGUGGAUGAUGGGAAAGCGCCGCGGUUCCGUGAUGCCCAUGGAUCCUCUCGGCAAAGCGGGGUUGCUGUGCCAAGCGUGCGGCUUCCUCCUGAGCAACCCGCAGCAGGCGGAAUGCGGGCAUCGCUACUGCCGGCGAUGCGUGAAGGGGCUCUUCAGGGACCCAGAGAUGGUGGUGACCUGCUUUACGUGUAAGAAGGCUCUGAAUCUCAAGGAGUUCCAUAGUGACAAAGCAGCAGAGAACGACGCUCUUGCCACACAAGUAGCCUGCCCAAAUUUUAACUGCACAUGGACAGGAACUCUGAAAUCAUACCAGGAGCAUUUAUGCCUCCCUGAGGCACCUAUUGGAACUACAAGAGAUGCUACCUUAACUCCUGGAGACCAAAAUGUGAAUAAAGAGAAGGCAGAGCACUGGAAUCUCAUUGCUCCCACCAUGGGUGGUCCUUCCCUGAACAUGGAAGCUGUCCAGUUGCGUGUGGAGGCCCUAGAACUGGUGAUUGCAUCUUUGCGUCGGCAGCUGAAUCACCAAGUCUCCACUGUGAAAUCCCUCCAACGUUGCUGCUCUCAGUAUGAGGAGUUGCUCAAAAUUUCUCAGGAAACACGUAAUGGUCCUCAUGGAACCAAAGGUUCUGGACCAUCCUCACAGGAGCUGGUCAGCACUGAUGGAAUCUUAGUAUGGAAAGUGGAGAAUUUCUCCAAGCUCCUGAAGGAUGCCAAAAGUGGGAAAAGACAUUCCAUCUUCUCUCCAGCUUUUGCCACCCACCCUUUUGGAUACCGCCUCUAUGUCCGACUAUACCCUGAUGGAGAUGGUGUAGGUAAGGGUGGCCACCUUUCGCUCUUCCUUGCUUUGGCCAAAGGGCCUUACGAUGACAUUCUGCCCUGGCCUUUCCGGCAAAAAGUCACCUUCUCUCUCCUGGAUCCCACACGAAGGAAGUCACCUCUGGUGGAGACUUUCCUCCCAGAUCCCCAAAGCACUUCUUUCCAGCAGCCUCACCAGAGACUCAAUGUGGCCAGUGGGAGUCCUUUAUUUGCCAGCCAUGUUGAGAUUCCCAGCUACCUCAAAGAUGACACGCUCUACCUCAAAAUAAUGGUGGACUUGACAGGAAUAGACAUUUAAUGCUGGAAAUAGAUGGAGAGAAUUUAUGGUGAACAUAUUCUAUUACUUUUAAUACUUCAAGGGUUUUUUAUUGAAUCUUUUCUUUACUACCACCCAACUGUGCCAACCACAAUUUCCAUUUCAAAACAGAUCAUCAACUGCUUCUCAAGGUCAUCUAAAAGCAGCAUAUUGUUUUGGCUUGAACUCAUGGGAAAUCAAUCCUUGAUUAUGUUCAAGACUGAGGUGGAACAUCCUCUAAACAUUACAAUCCUUAUGGGAUUUUUAUGGACAGCUGUUGGAGAAUAUCUUUCUGUUAAAUGCAGAGAAAUGUGGAAAAUGUUUUUCAGUGGUCAAGGAUGUCAAGAUGCCUUCCUAUAAAUACCCAACCCUAAUAGAUACUAUAUUUAUCUGAAGACUAGUUUUCCCCAGACAACAUUGCAAUGGGAGAGUUGAGAUUUACCAAGAAUUUGGUAAAUGAGACAGAUCACGUUCUGUUGUCUAUUAACCUGUGAGUGGGGAAAUCCAAGGAUCUGUUUCUUUUGGGCAAUAUGGAAUAAUUUGCACACAAUAUCCGAGGUGCAAAUUUUCAGCUCUCUUGUUACAUUGCUUCCAGUCUGUUAAAAUAUACAGUUGCCAUAAAAUGAUGUUAAAGGCAGGAUGGGAGUUUUACAACACAAAAUAGGAUGUUGCAAUGGUACAUCGUACGGGCAGGUGUUUUUCCUAUUAAUCAUUAGCAGGGAAUGGAUGAACUUGAUGAUUUCAAAAUGCCAUUGUUAAUUAUAUCCAUAGCACUAUUUAUGGAAAAGGGACUUUGCAAUAACAACUAAGGAUUCUCAUAUCCUUAGACUUGACAUUUCUUUCUACCUCGCACUCUUAUUUAUUAACAACUCUGGUAUUUAUUAUAUAAGAGUACAUGUGUACUGAUAUCCAAAUAAAACAUUAAAGUAUAUUUAUA